CGCCACCCUUGGUUUCAUCCACCGCACUCCUCACUAACCUAGAUUGUUCCUGCUGGCUCCUUGGUAAAGCUGACACAUAUAAGGCGGUCGUCGUGGCACUGUGGAGCACAACGUGACGCGCUCCUCGGAUAACGAGCUCUCGCCCCUUCCCCCUCCGCCAUCCGCCGAUGGUCAGCAAGGUCGAGAUUCUCCGCCAGCGCCGCCUUGUCUCCGACGCGGAAGCCGCCCGCGCCGAUGCCUCCGCGCUCAUGCCGCGCGGGGAGGCAUCCGCGCACCUGGACAGCGCGGCCGCCCUAGCGCAGGGCGGAGCGGAACCCACGGGUUCGGAAGGCGGAACUCCGCGGGGGGGCGGGGACAUGGAGGGGAUCGCGCGGCGGAGCAGCCUGACGGGGGAGAUGAAGCGCGAGAUCUGCGAGCUGAAGCAGCGCAGCGACAAGAUGUCGCAGGACAUGAUCGUCGCGGAGAUGGAGACCCGCCACGGCGUCAGGCUGAGUCGAACGACGGUAUGCAAGAUCCUCAAGGACUCGCCCAAGUGGCUCACUCUCUCCGAAGCUGAGGCUCGGCAGAAGCGGCAGAGGCUUGGCAAGUUCCCGGACCUGGAGGACGAACUCAUUGAGUGGUUCAGAGAGAUCCUGUCGCAGCGGCCCAACAUGGUGGACUCCAUCAUCGUGGACAAGGCCAAGCACCUCGCGCUGGACCGCGGCAUCCCGCCCACCGACUUCAAGAUGUCGGACGGCUGGCUCUCGCGCUUCAAGCGGCGCAUCAGCGCCGCCAUCCAGCAGCAACCCGCUGCCACCAGGGACGCACAGGAGGAGCAGUUGGGGGGGCGAGGAGGGGAGGGCGAUGACAGCGAAGAGGAUGCUGCGCCCAGUAGAAAGCGCCAGCGCUGGAACCCCUCAGCGUACCGCAAGUCCUUCUCCUUCGUGCCCACGCUCGGCCUGCCCGUCGUCGACCUGCUCGCCCCGCUGCCCGGCGAGCGCGUGUUGGACCUGGGGUGCGGCGAGGGCACCCUGUCCAAGUUUCUGUCGGCGCUGGGGUGCCACGUGGUGGGCGUUGAUUCGUCGCCCGACAUGGUGGAGAUGGCGAGGAGAGACGGGGUGAACGCCAUACUCGCAGACGCCUGCCACCUGCAGUUCUCCUCCGAGUUUGACUGUGUCUUCAGCAACGCCGCACUGCACUGGAUGAAGAGAGACCCUUCCCUGGUCGUCGCCAACGUGCGAGCGGCUCUCAAGCCGGGCGGCAGGUUUGUGGCGGAGAUGGGGGGUUUUGGCAAUGUGGCGUCGCUGGUGACGGCGCUGGUGGCGGUGCUGCGGGCCAGGGGCAUAGACGCGGCAGCGGUCAUCCCCUGGUACUUCCCCACCGAGGAGGAGUACAGGAAUCUGUUGGAGUCGCACGGCUUCGAGGUGGAGUGCAUGGAGCUCAUCGCGCGCCCCACGCUGCUGCCCGACGGCGUGGCAUCGUGGCUGGACGCGUUCGCGCAGAGCUUCUUCGCGGGGCUCAGCGAGGCGGACAAGAACGUCGUCUACGACGAGAUCCACGCCGCCCUGCAGCCCGCGCUGUGCGACUCCGAGGGGAGAUGGUUCGGCGACUACGUGCGCCUGAGGUUCAGGGCCUCGCUGCCCGCCCUGCCGUCCCCGCUCCCUGCGCAGCCUGCUGGGCUGGCGGCGCCUGGCCAAGUGAUGGGCAUGCAGGGAGCGCAGCACAUGCAGGGAGCGCAGGGCAUGCAGGAAGCGCAGGGCAUGCAGGGAGCGCAGCACAUGCAGGGAGCGCAGGGCAUGCAAGGGCUGGAAGCAGCACCACAAGAAGGGCCCAAUUGAUGGAAACGAGCAGGAAGCAGGUGUUCGAGUGGGUGUAGAAAGAGAGUUCAUAUCUUGUACAGUUCUUAUGAGACUCGCACCACGGGUUGUUCUUUACUACUAGCUGAGUGUGUACUGUGUGACAGGGUUUGCUGAGAUGAGUGGGUAGAUUUGUCUGAUGUGACUAUACAUGUGCUUACAUAUCUAAAACAU